AUGCUGUCAUUGUUGAACGCUAUUGUGCCUACGAAAUAUGCCAUAGAACUUUCAAUUGAGCCAUCAAAGGCGAACUUUAGAGGCCUUUUGAGGGCAGACUUGGCUCUCAACAAGAAUCAGGCUCACGGCAACAAUGAACUAAUCACAACUUUUUCGCUGCAUGCUGAAGAUAUCGUUGUAUUGUCUGCCAAGAUCGGCAGUCAAAAUUUGGACAUCAGUUACGACAGAACGGCUAACACGGUCAAUUUUCACUGUGGUGAAGGAUUGGAGGCAGUGCAAGAAAAUGGAGUAUCGGAACAGCUGGUUUUGGAGUAUGUGGGCAAACUCCAGUUGAUCAAAACUUUCCAGGAUGCGACUCGUGGUGUCUUCAAAACCAACUUCAUGGACGCUGAAACGGGCAGUAGCGACAAUUUCGUGGUAGCAACGCACUCCCAGCCGUUUUUCGCUAGAAGAAUUUUUCCCUGCAUUGAUGAAAUUAACCACAAAGCGUAUAUGCAGCUUAGUAUCAAGACUUUACCUCGUUUCGAGGUCGUUUCUAACACACAGGUUGAGUCAACAGCCGAUGAAGAGCAAAGCCCAGAAAAUUGCACUGAUGCAACCCCUCCAAAUGCAAUGAAAACGGUUUCUUUUGCAACUACCCCACUAAUGACACCUGCUCUGUUCGGCUUUGUUCUAGGUGACCUGCAGUGUAUCGAAUCGCAUGUUGCUCUGCCCCAAGGUAAGCUUCCAAUAAGAAUCCUAGCCACGCAACAGGUAGAGCUCGCAGCUUUUGCACUCGACACCGUGUCUGAAUAUUUGCCUGCUUUGCAAGAGUUUUUCAAAUGUGAAUAUCCUUUAACGAAGCUGGAUUUUGCACUUUUGCCGUUUCUCAGUGACAUGGCGAUGGAGAAUUUCGGGUUAAUUACAAUCCGCCAAGACCACUUAUUGUUGGACCCUACGAUGUUGGCGGACGAAACCGUACGAGCCCAGGUCCAGCAGCUGACAGUACAUGAGCUAGUUCAUCAGUGGAUGGGGAACUAUAUCUCAUUCGAUUCAUGGGAGCAUCUAUGGUUCAACGAGGCAUUUGCUACUUGGUGUGCAUGUGAGAUAAUGAGUGCCGUCUCCCAUCAAGAUCACUGGUCGUCUCCGGAUUAUCUACAACAGCUAAACGGAAGCCUCCUGGUCGACGCUUCUUUCGGGAGCCGAAGCAUAGCCGCAACUUCCAAAAAAGAACACAUCACUCAAACGUCCGACUCUUUAGAUCCGCACAACUACACUAAGGGCAUAUCGAUAUUGAGAUCUUUACAGUGUGUCAUAGGCAAAGAAAACUUUGAGUCAGCUUUGCAAGCACUGUGUUGUGAUAAGUCGUACCAUGAACGCAGCAUCAAACCCUCCGAAAUUUGGAGUUACUUUGGACAGCACUUGAGAUCAAUGAACAUAUCCAACUUUAUGUUUUCAUGGACGCAUUCUCCCGGGUUCCCGGUCUUGCACGUUGUGUCUCAGAGUGAUAAGACUGUAUUAAAGCAGAGUCGCUUUUUGACUGGGAACAGUGAUACUGCUGAAAAUGUUCCAUUUCAGAUUCCACUCUUCACUCGACUCUCUGACGGCUCCGAAGAUAAACAGCACGUACUUAUGACGGACCGGACACUAACUCUCCCUUAUAACCCUUUGCUUUUCAAUUCGGACGUGAAAGGUUACUACAGAGUAUCUUAUGAAGAUUCAGAAUCUUAUGACCGACUUUCUAACGCUUUAGUCGAGGGAAAAUUGUCAGAACUCGAUCUGUAUGGUGUGUUUCGCGAUCUCGAAAUUUUCAUCGGCAACGAAGUGUAUCAAAAGCCAGAACAUUUAGGUGGCCUGUUUCAACUGCUCCAUACCAUUGCGUCGAAGGUGGACUUGAGCGCGCAUUCAAAAUACUAUAACGGUUUAAGUUUGGGUCUAUCGAUUUUGCAGCAGGUCGAGUUAAGCGAUGUGAGAUUCGGCAGCGGUGCAGAAAGGUCCAAAUUGCUGGGAAGUAUAAUAACUCCUUUGUUUCAGCAAAUCGAAUGGCCAGACUCGUUCGAAACCACAAAAUUGUCUCCCUACCAAGCACUUGUAAUGUCGCAAGUCUUGAGCGCAGGGAAGACGUUGACAGAAGUUCAGUUCCUGUGUGGCAAGUAUUUCAAAGGGGUCUUCCAAGGCCCACAAAAGGCCAUUCCUUAUGAACUUUUGGAGAGCAUCUUAACGGUCAAUUCUUUUUGCACCUCUACUUUAAAGCAAUGGAAGAAGCAUUUUGAAUUAGCUAAAUCGAGCCAAGGUGUUGUCACGCAUAUAUCUGGCUGUUCGGCAUCCGAUAUCCAGGUCACAGCUCUUGAAACUCUGGGUUAUUGCAGAGAUCCUCAAUUGGUGCAAAAGAUUUUGAAUUAUGUUUUAACCAACUUCGACUCUAAAGGUGUCGAAAAAGCUCUUUUCGGGCUGUCAAAUAAUGCUAAGGAGCCUUGUGGUAAAGAACAGAUAAGAGAUGUGCUUUGGAGUUGGUACACUCUCCAUUUUGACGAAUGGGCAAGGAAAUCGCUUACCGGUGACGCUGCGAAAUGUCAAAGCCUAAGAAACACUCUUUUGGCUAUUUCCGUUGUGGUCUUCGAAAUGUGGCAGGAUAUGCCAGAAAAGGUAGAUAUUUUCUCAACCGCGAAACAAAACCAAUUUUCGGGAGAGUUGAAGGUCGCUGAUAUAUGGACCUCCGUAAAGCGCAGUCAAAUCUCUAAGAUGACUAUCUACAAAGCAAUCUUGGGGUUUUAA